CCCGAGGAACCGGAAGUGUGUGUGGGACGUCACUUCCCGCUGCACCAAUAGGCUGCGGAGGGGCGGGCUGGAGGCGGUGGCACAGCUGGCUGCAGGCAGGAUGGCAGCGCUGUGGAGGUUGUACCAGCGGCUCAUGGCCCAGCAUCCCUGGAAGGUGCAGAUCCUCACAGCUGGGUCCCUGGUGGGAGUCGGUGACGUGAUCUCUCAGCAGCUGGUGGAGAGAAGGGGCCUGAGUGGGCACAGCAGCUGCAGGACGCUGAAGAUGAUGGCCAUUGGUUUCUGCUUUGUGGGCCCUGUGGUGGGAGGCUGGUACCAGCUCCUGGACCGACUUAUCCCGGGAAACACCAGGAUGGUGGCGUUGAAGAAGAUGGUGCUGGAUCAGGGGGGGUUUGCACCUUGCUUCCUGGGCUGUUUCUUGGCCAUUGCUGGGGCACUCAACGGCCUGUCCACCGAAGAGAGCUGGGCCAAGAUCCGACGGGAUUACCCGGAUGCCCUGCUCACCAACUAUUACCUCUGGCCAGCAGUGCAGAUUGUCAACUUCUACUUCAUCCCCCUGAACCACAGGCUGGCUGUCGUGCAGGUGGUGGCUGUCGUCUGGAAUUCCUAUCUGUCCUGGAAGGCGAACCAGCUGUGAGGCUAUUGGGCUAGCGCCCAUCCCACCCCCCCGACCCAGCCCAGUCUCCCCGAGCCCUCCACCCAACCUGCUCCCCCUGCGCCACACCCUCCACUGCGACUGCCAUAGCGAAUGGCCGUGGGGCUGGCCCCAUUCUCCCUACUCAGCCGCAGGGUCUCCCCCAUGUUACACCCUCCACUGCGACAGCCAUAGCAAAUGGCCGUGGGGCCGGCCUCCCACCCCGUUCCCCCCACCCAGCCGCAGGGCCCCCCCAUGCUGCCCCCUCCUCUGCAAC